AACCGCCACAUGCGGAUGCAAAAUACAAAAUAUAUCCACAAAUAAAAACCGAAAGAACAGAAAUUGUUGGUGUGUGUGUCAAACAAGUUUCCAAUCUGCAAACCAAUCCAAUCCAAUCGAGAACCAAUCAAAAUUAACGCACGCAAUUAAAGAAAAGAAAAAGUUGACAACUAACCAAAAAUUAGCAUAAAACUAAAAGGGAUCAAGCAUCCCUCCUCCUCACAUAAGUUCUAAUCGGAAAUAUAUAUAGACACAGAAGCGUGCCGCGUUUUAUCAUCGGGCUGUUGGGUUGUCUGCCUUCCCGCAUCUUGUCUCGUGACGCGUUCCAAACUCCGAUCCGCUCCGAUCCGCUCCACUCCGAUCCGAUUUGAAACUCUCGGCAACUGGUCGUGGUAGAGCCCCUGACCUUGACACUCACUUUUCUAAACAAUAAGCGCGAUUUUCGGCUUCGACUUCGGCUUCGGUUGUUGGUUUAUUUUUUCUGUUGACCAGGCCCAGCACAGCAUCGUCUUCUUUCUCGGCCGCUUUUUAAGCUGCCCGUCAGUCUUCGCCCGCAACGGAGAUGGAACGCACGGACCCAAACGAAAUGUUUAACUAGUUAUCGUAACUAAACUAACUAAUUUGUGUGCUCUUCGUUUACGUUGCAUAAUCGUGUGCAUCAAGUGCAGCCGUGCAAAUAAAAACCAAGCAAAUACAGCAAAAAAAAAAAAAAGUGAAUAAAACUAAAGAGAGAAAUAAAAGCGUGUGCUUUUGUCCAUGCAAUUGCAUAUUUUAAUACAUAAUUGGCCAGACGAUUAAACAAAAGAUCGUGUAAUAUAUACAUACACACUGUAUAUACCAACAUAUAGUAUACAUAAUCGGAGGCCACAUCGGAGUAUACGGUUGUAGUGCAAAAAUGUGGCAGCGGAUCGUGUGCAGCUUGACGUUAUGUCUGGUCGGCUUGGCGGCCAACAGUCUCGCCAACAAUCUGGCCGGCUAUGAAGGCUACACAAAAUACACUGUCGAACAUGGCAAUGAGAAUGCCUUUCGCUAUAUGGUCGAUCUGCAGACUAACGAUGCGGAUCUGGACUUUUGGCUGCUCACCCGCAACAUGUCCGUGCUGACAGUGAGCCCCAAGCGCAAGUCUCAAUUCGAGUCGCGUCUCUCCAAUCUGGGUGUCAGCUAUCAGGUGCAGCCGCUGAUGGAGCUGAUGGCUGCGCUGCAGGCAAACAGCACGUAUGCGGAUGAGUCUGGGCAGUACGAGGAGGAGGAGGAGUGCCAGGCGGCUGACUGUGGGGACUCGGAGCGACCACGGCGUCGCUCGCGUCGCCAGGCGCGCGGCUUCUUCUCACACUAUCCGCGUUACAGCGAGAUUCUCAGCUUCAUGAGCGGCCUGGCCGCACGCUAUCCCCAGUACUGUCGCUACGAGUCGCUGGGUCGCUCCAACGAGGGUCGCCACAUUGCUGCGCUGUCCAUAUCGCUGAACACAAGGACACGACCGCGUCGUGUGGCCUAUAUACAGGCGGCGGCCCAUGGCAGGGAAUGGAUCACCACACAGACGGUGCUGUAUCUGGCCUACGAGCUGCUGAGCAAUUUGCGCGCCUUCCAGCGGGUGCUGCAGGAUGUGGAGGUGUUCCUGGUGCCGCUGGUCAAUCCCGAUGGCUACGAGUACACGCACACAUCGGAUCGCUUCUGGCGCAAGAAUCGUCAUCGGUAUGCGGGCCAUGCCUGCGCUGGCGUGGACAUCAAUCGGAACUUUGGCAACCACUGGAACUAUCAGGGCGCCAGUCAGAAUCUCUGCUCGGAGGUGUACUCGGGCACGGCCCCCAACUCUGAGCCGGAAACAUCGGCCGUGGUGCGCUAUUUGGAAUUCAAUCGGCAACGUGUGAAACUCAGCCUGGAUGUUCACUCAUUUGGCAAAUUCAUUUUUUAUCCCUACGGCUAUGCGAAAAACACAGUGCCCCCCACCGUGGGAACACUGCGCGCGGUGGCCCUGAGAGCCGCCAACCAAAUCGGAAAAUAUCGCGGCACCCGCUACACCACCGGCACCUCGGCCUCCAUUCUGUACGAGGCAUCCGGCAGUUUGGAUGACUAUGCCUACGGCAACCUGGGCAUACCACUGUCCUAUACGCUCGAGCUGCCCGGCGAUGAGUUCCAUGUGCCAUCCUCGGACAUCAUACACGUCUGCAAGGAGACAUUUGCCGGCUUCGUUGAGUUCAUUCGACAUGCCAGUCUGUACUAGAAGAGACCCCCACCUGCACAACCUUCCUUCCUUUGUAUUCUGUAAGCUGUUGAAGCAAAUUGAAUUUAUUGUUUGUUAACUAAACUAAUUAGGCAUUAAGCAUUAAAGAGAUGAUUAAUACACGUAACAGA